ACUGUUGCAACCACAACAACUGCUGCACCAACCACAACAAUUGCUGCUCCCAUAACAACAACAGCUGCACCAACCACAUCAAUAGCUGCUCCAACCACAACCACAACUGCUCCAACAACAACCACAUCUGCUCCAACCACAACCACUAUGGCACCAACCACGACCACAGCUGCUCCAACCACAACCACUGUGGCAACAACCACGACCACAGCUGCUCCAAUCACAACCACUGUGGCAACAACCACGACCACAGCUGCUCCAACAACAACAACAGCUGCUCCAACAACGACAACAGCUGCUCCAACAACAACAACAGCUGCUCCAACAACGACAGCAGCUGCAGCAACCACAACAACAAGUGCUCCAACCACAACAACGGUGGCACCAACAACGACCACAGCUGCUCCAACCACAAUAACAUCUGCUCCAACCACAACCACUGUGGCACCAACAGCAACAACAGCUGCUCCAACAACAACAACAGCUGCUCCAACAACAACAACAGCUGCUCCAACAACGACAGCAGCUGCAGCAACCACAACAACAAGUGCUCCAACCACAACAACGGUGGCACCAACCACAACCACAGUUGCUCCAACCACAAUAACAUCUGCUCCAACCACAACCACUGUGGCACCAACCACGAACACAGUUGCUCCACCCACAACAACUGCUGCUCCAACAACGACAACACCUGCACCAACCACAACAACAAGUGCUCCAACCACAACAACGGUGGCACCAACAACGACCACAGCUGCUCCAACCACAAUAACAACUGCUACAACCACAGCGACUGCAGCACAAACCACAACAACAGCUGCUCCAACAACGACAGCAGCUGCACCAACCACAACAACAACUGCUCCAACAACAACAACGACAACAUCUGCUCCAACCACAUCCACAACUGCUCCACCCACAACCACAGCUGCACCAACCACAACAACAGUAGCACCAACCACAACAACAGCUGCUCCAACAACGACAACAGCUGCACCAACCACAACAACAUCUGCUCCAACCACAGCCACAGCUGCUCCAACCACAACAACUGCUGCACCAACCACAACAACAACUGCUCCAACCACAGUCGCUGUGAUUAUAACCACAACAACAUCUGCUCCAACCACAACCACUGUGGCACCAACCACAACAACAGUAGCAGCAACAACAACAACUGCUGCUCCAACAACAACAACAGCUGCUCCAACCACAACAACAGCUGCUGCAACCACAAUCACUGUGGCACCAACCACAACCACAGCUGCUCUAACCACAACCACUGUGGCACCAACCACAACAACUGCUGCUCCAACCACAUCCACAGCUGCUCCAACAACAACCACAGCUGCACCAACCACAAUAAUAGUAACACCAACCACAACAACUGCUGCACCAACAACAACAACUACUGUUGCAACCACAACAACUGCUGCACCAACCACAACAACAGCUGCUCCAAGAACGACAGCAGCUGCAGCAACCACAACAACAAGUGCUCCAACCACAACAACGGUGGCACAAACAACGACCACAGCUGCUCCAACCACAAUAACAUCUGCUCCAACCACAACCACUGUGGCACCAACAACGACAACAGCUGCACCAACCACAACAACUGCUUCUCCAACAACGACAACAGCAUCUGCUCCAACCACAACAACAUCUGCUCCAACCAUAUCCACAACUGCUCUAAUCACAACCACUGAUGCACCAACCACAACAACAGUAGCACCAACCACAACAAUUGCUGCUCCAACAACGACAACAGCUUCGCUGGGAUUAUAA